AUGAAGGAGUAUAUCUCCUUCAUCCUUUAUUAUUUGCGUUUUGUGCGUUUGAGAGAACCAGAAAGAAACAGAUAAUCUACAAGAUAACAUGGCUUUGAGAGUUUGGGCUUCUUCCACAGCCAAUGCACUCAGAAUUUCUUGUGCCUCCAAAGCUCAUCUCUCCCCUGCGUUCUCUCUCUCCCGCUGCUUCUCUACUGUUUUGGAUGGGUUGAAGUAUGCAUCUUCACAUGAGUGGGUGAAGCAUGAGGGCCAUGUGGCUACAAUUGGCAUCACUGAUCAUGCUCAGGACCAUCUUGGAGAAGUAGUGUUUGUGGAGCUGCCAGAACCUGGCGGCAAAGUUUCACAAGGUGGCAGCUUUGGAGCCGUGGAAAGUGUAAAAGCAACCAGUGAUAUCAAUUCCCCAAUCUCCGGUGAGAUUGUUGAGGUCAACUCAAAGCUUACCGGAACACCUGGCUUGAUCAAUUCAAGCCCAUAUGAAGAAGGAUGGAUGAUCAAGGUGAAGCCAAGCAGUCCAUCAGAAUUAGACUCCUUGCUGGGUCCAAAGGAAUACACAAAAUUCUGCGAGGAGGAGGAUGCUGCACAUUAGACUUUGAAUUUGCUGCUUGCAAUCAUCAUGAACUAAUUAACGCAUUCUCAGCUGCUUAAUUUAGAUUAAUGUUAUUUGUUGCCUUCUUGUCAA